CACCUGGCUCUUGUCUCCCUUUCCCUGCCAUCACGGAAUCUCCCUUCCUGCUCGUCGGGGGACCAAAAUGGAAACUCCCCUUGAAGAGGCUCUGGAGGUUAUGGUUGCUACCUUCUAUAAAUAUUCCUGCAAGGAAGGCGACAAGUUAAAGAUCAACAAGGCCGAGAUGAGGGAGUUGCUACUUAACGAACUACCCGUCUUUGUCAAGGGCAAGAUUGACGAACGGGGUUUUGAAUACUUGAUGAAGAAACUAGAUGAAAAUGGAGAUGAGGAGCUAGAUUUCCAGGAGUACGCCGUCUUCCUAGCUCUCACCGCUUCCCUGUGUGACGAAUUCUUCCAGGAGUGCUCUGAUGUUAGCAACCGGAAGAUGUGAGGCCGACUCUUCUUUUUAAAAGUUAUAAAAAUAACAUCUACUUGGUAAUUAACAGCAACGCACAGAUUGUGUCCCAUGAGCAAGUCCAACUGAAGGGAACCACCAACAUGCAGAUGUUAAAUAAGCUCAGAGAGCAUUCCUUGAACGAAGAAAGUCCAGAUUCACCCAGGCAAAUAUUCCUAGAAAGACUGAUGGGUUACUGUUGGAUGAGGAAUA